UGUAACAAUUUGCAUGUCUGGCAUAUACAUACUUACUUACUAGGUACCAAUGCAGAAACUCAACGUAAUCACUUAUAAUAACAUAUACAUAACCUAGAAUAUGAUUCAGAGUACGACUAUAUAAGUAGGUAUGUAUCAACAUUGAAUCAUUGAACAUUGAAAUGUCUGGUACAUAAUCCAUACUAACUGACCCCCGCCUUUUCUGCCUUUCAAUGUUGGAGAUGCUUCCCCACCUUAGCCUUAACCCACAUGCAACUCAAAGCUGCUGCAAGCAAGUGUGACCUACCACCUACCACCUACCACCUACCACUACUUACUACUACCUACCCUACCCUAGGUAUUCUCUUAACUCUAAAACUUGCCUUCGUAACUUCAAGAACCUUGAGAACUUCAAUACUUACCUAGGUACAUACAUACAUACAUAUGAACAUACAUCCAUGCAUGGUAGUUUAAACCCUGCAACCUAAAUUAACACUGACGCGCCAUAAUCUUUCGGUGGUCCAACAUAUUCAACUUUGAAGUACUUUACCUUACCUUUAUCUACUUAUUUACUCAACAAACUUUUAACCAACCUCCACACAUAUACUACUCCAUCCAUCUGACACUACCCGCUGACCUAUGAGGAGUUGAUAGAGGAGCUUAUACAAGAGAUGGCGGACCAGUCUAUCAUCCGCAUCACCAAGGAAAUCGGGGAGCUUCAGAAGAGCUCAGAUUUGUCUCUUGCCGUAGCCUUUCGAGAUCGUGAUGUCCGCAACGUCAAGGCCUUAAUCAUAGGGCCUCACGAAACACCAUACGAAUUUGGGUUCUUUGAGUUCUCGGUUAAGUUUAACAAAGAAGAUUAUCCACGCAAAUCUCCCACCGUCACCGGAACCACAACCAAUAGUGGUCGCUGCCGAUUCAACCCAAAUAUCUAUGGUUCUGGGAAAGUCUGUUUAUCAAUCCUUGGAACAUGGCGAGGAGAGCGAGGAGAGGAGUGGUCUGCAGCUCAAGGCCUAGAAUCGAUACUCCUCUCGAUACAGAGCCUCAUGUCUUCAAACCCCUACGAGAACGAACCCGGAUUUGAAGACGCGAACGAGUUACAUGAUAAGAAAAACCAAAAGGAGUACAUUGAGAAGAUUCGUCAUGAGACGCUGCGCAUUUCUAUCAUACAACGGCUUGAGGAUUACCUAGGCAUCACCGGAUCCUGCCUGACAGCUCCCACUCCAGCAGAACAGCAGAACUAUAGAAUAGAUCUCGAUGACGACAUCGAUGUGGACGAUGCCACUGUCCCAUGGGAGCCAUUCAAGGACCUCUGCAAACGCCGGUUUCUAUGGUACUUCGAUACGUACCUAGAGACGAUCAAGAAGGCAAAGGAAGAGGUUAAGGAUGGUCAGCCGUUCGUGCGCAUGCCCUUUGAGGGAUCAUCUAAUACUAUGGAUGGAAAGUUCAACUACACAGAUCUAGAACAAAGGCUGUGUCGCAUAAAGGCCGCUCUCGAUGCUGAGUCAGAUAGGUGGGCAGUAGAAGGAGUCUCUUCGAGGGUGAAAGAUACAACGAUGGCAGUCAAUCUCAGGCGACAGUUCGAGCAGAUCAAGGAGUCUUUCAAGGGCAGCGACGUCCCUCGUAAUAUUGAGUUGGUGGAUGACAAUCCGUUUGUAUGGGAUUUGACGUACUUUGGCCGGCCCAUGACGAACCUGGACGGGGGAGUGUUCCGCAUCAAGCUCAACUUCAGUCCGAGCUUCCCUGAAGAGCAACCGAGAGUCAAAUUCCUGACGCCAAUAUUCCACCACCGGAUCGCAACAGAUGGCACACUGUGUUACUUUCCCAAGCCCAAUCGGCGGGAGGAUGUUAAGCAACAUAUCGAAGCCAUCAUCGAGGCCCUGGAAGAGGAACAGCCACCAUACGAUCCAAGAACGUUAAUACAUCCAGAGGCGCACAAGCUGUAUUGGGGCAGUGCAGAUGAAAGAAGAACAUAUAACAGACGACUGCGCCGAUCGGUACAGCGAAGUGCAGAGGACUUCUAA